GGCUGCCUUUCUUCUCCCCACCGCUCUUGCUGCUGUCGCCUGUUGCUUGCUCGCCAUGUCGGAUGCCUACGUAGCCCACAGGGUUAUCCGUCGCAUAGCAGGCUGGGCUGUCAUCUCAUUCUUCUCCGAGAUCCACGUCGUUGGGGGCGAGAAUGUCCCGAAGGAUGGUCCAAUUCUUGUAACCGCGACGCACCAUAAUAUGAUGCUCGACCCGGCCAUUUUGUCUAUCGCAUUUCCGUACAAGAGAAUCCUACACUAUUGGGCGAAAGCGUCCCUAUUUGCCAAUCCUGUUAUGAAGUAUGUCCUGACGUCCGCCGGUAACAUUCCCGUGGACCGCAAGGCUCAGGACAAGCGUCUUCUCUUCCGUGGGACGUUCCGGGCUCUAGCCAAGGGCAAGGCGGUGGCGUUAUUUCCCGAGGGUACAAGUUAUACAGAACCCCACAUCAUGCAGGUCAAAGACGGUGCUGCGUGGGCCGCGCUAGAAUACGUGAAAUGGGCGCAAGAGAAUCCAGACAAAGUGGGAAAGGGCGCCGAGAACGUCAUGAUCGUCCCGGCUGCCAUCGUCUACACGAACAAGUCGAAGUACCGUAGUCAGGUGAUUAUGGAAUUUGGACAGCCAAUCAGGAUGGAGGGCUAUCUUGAACAGUUCAUGUCCGGGGAAGAGGGAGCACCCCGGGCAGCCGUCAAGCGCUUGACGGCGGCAAUUGAGAAAGAGCUCACUCAGUUGACGAUCAACGCACCCGAUUGGGACACACUUUACGCAGCUCGGAUGGCUCGAGACCUGCUUUGGCAGGGUGAACGUUCUAUCAACAUUGAUGAAUUCGUCACCAUCUCUCAGACCCUUGUCGACCUCUUCUCUACCCCCGACCUCGUCCCGAAUAUUAACGCAAUCAAACGCUACCUCCUCACGUACUAUUCCCUCCUUGAGUCCACGCACCUCACGAACUCUGUCCUGUCUUCCCUGCCUCUGCCAGCUACCCUCGAUCCGCGCCAACCUGUGCCUCUUCCUAGCCGCCUGCUGACAUUGAGCGUUCUCAUCCGGGACUCAAUCGCACUUCUUUUGCCUCUUCCGUUCUAUAUUGUGCCUGUGAUACUUCAUGCUCCCGCCUAUGCAAUGGGCCGCUUUGGCGCACGUCUGGUGGAGGACGAGGAGGAGACACAGGCGCAAAACAAGGUCGUGUUCGGCUUGCUGCUCCUGCUAAUGAUAUACCCUGCUGCGUUCUUCUUCCUCUGGGCAUUCCUCUGGUACACUCCGGUAGGCGCCCUCGUUGCAGGGUUCUUGGUGUUUCUCUUCGCGAUGUACCACAAUCGGCUGAUCAACGUCUCUUAUGAUCGUGCCAAACGUCUCGUUGCCGCCUGGCGGGUCCUCGUCGGCGUCUGGGCCCCGAAGCGAUGGGACCUGUCGCUCUCCGCGGUCGCCCAGUACACCGUCCCCAGAAUUCCGCCAGAGAACCCCUGGAUAGACCGCUCCAAAGCCAAAGCGACGUCCCGGCCGGUCACACCCGCCUCGUCAUCGCCUUCCGUGACGCGAGGACCUGCCGAGUCCCCCGCUUCAUCCACGCCCACGUCGACACCCGCGGGUCCUAGCACGAGCGCGGGUUCGGGCCCAGGUAGGCGGCGGCGUCCGCCCUCGCACCGGCUCAUCCGGCAUGUCCUCCGCGCCCGCGUCGAGGCCGCCAAGGCGCUCGCCUCGCUCUUCGCGCAGCUCGAGCGUGCCCCUGAGGGCAAGCACGUCUGUGCAUCCGUGCAUCUCGCGCAAGCCUUUGGCGGGUAUGUCGAGACCCCCAAGGAACCGAGUCGCGAGACGUCGGCCGGGGUCGAGACCGUGCCCGAGCCGCAGGGUUGGCGGAGCGCGCGGGAGGUCGUCGCGUUCCUGCGCUCGCGCGGUGCCAAGUUCCGGGCGCUCGAGGCCCGGGUCGAGGGCGACUGGGCGGCGCUGAGCAGCGAGGGAGAGGGGUACGAGAGCGAGGGUGUCAGCACAUCCGAGAUGGAUGACAUCGUGUGGGUACCCCCGAGCCGGCAGUGAGGGCUGGGGCGUGUUUUGACGUCCGUGAGGUCAUGGAGCUUUUCAUACGGUAUUAUUGGAUACGAAUCGAGAACCGGUUGCACGGUCAUUUACGGGGGUCGUGCAUGCUCAUGUAUGGGAUCGUUCUCGUUUUCUUCUCACAUACUAAUCUCGCCUUACUCAUAUCUUAGGUCGGAAUGCUGUUGUACUUUCCGUUCGUUACCCUCCCCCCGUCUUCAAGCCGUGCCUGCGAUGAGUUGAGCUUACGAACCGAGUGAAUAAUGAUAUCGUU